UAGAUACAAUUGUUGUAAUUGUUACAAUUUCAACAAGUUAUUCAAGGAAUUGAUUGAGACUCAAUUGUUUUAGAAAUUUGAUGAAACCAUUGCUGGAUAAACACAAAGAUGGCUACAGCAAAACUGCUAACUGAAAAUGAAGGAACAGAACUGAAGGAAAUGAACCAAAGUGUCAUACUUCCUAAGGCAGCAAGGGCAAGAAAAGGUGAUGCCAGCAAAAUAUACGAGUGUGUCUGUUCUGAAGGUGAAACAAACCUUGAUAAUUUGAGGAAAAUUAUUUACUCUGGAAAAUCAGAUGUAAACUAUAUAGAAAAUGGAAGAACGGCUUUACAUGAAGCAGUAAGGAAGGAUGAGGUUGAAACUGUCAAGCUUUUAAUGUCAGCUGGUGCUAGUAUUGAAUUCAAAGAUGUAGAUGGGAAUACUGCUUUACAUUAUGCUUAUUUGAAAACAUGUCCUGAAGAAAAUGCGGCAAAAAUUUUCAAAUUAUUAUUUCCCCAAGGAAAGAACCUUGAGACCAUUAGAAUAAGUAAAACCAGAAAAAGGUCCAACAUUCAAAAAUGCAGAUGUCAUACAAGAACGUUUGAACACACGUGGCUCGACGCAGCAACAUCUACAAAUAAUGAUGGGGAUAACAUACUUAACCUUAUAUUACAAGUCAACCCAAACGAAUGUCUGUGGUCUAUAAGGGAAAUUGUUCAGUACCUGAUCAAAGAAACAGAGAUGUUUUACCUCUUAAAGCUUCUUAGAAACACACAACGUCCUCUACAUAACUCAACAUCUGAAGUUGGAAGUCCUUUUGAAAGCAAUGACAACAAUUCAAUUACUUCACCUUUUAGACGGCUUUUAGAGCUUUAUCCAGAAUUUGUCUCUGACUUAUUGGAUAGAUGCAUAGUAAAAACUACAGGAAAAGUUAAUUACCACUUUGAGCUCUUGGAUGAUACUUACCUUUUACAUACAUGGCCACCUCAGCAGGAGUACUACUGCAAAUGGUUAUAUCAAUGCCAAUGGGAAUAUGUUGAUGCUGAAGAAAGGAAGAGGCGUGAUGCCUACACAGAACAUCCGUCGGAAAUAAGAAACAACCAUCCUGUUAUGUUAAUGCUGAAACAUAAAAGAGAUAAAACCUCUAAAGAUCCCGGUAAAAAGGAAGUUUACAGACAACUUGUCGAUCACCCUCUUGUUAAAGCUUUGAUCAAACAUAAAUGGCAACAUAUAGGCAGAAAGUUUCACAUCAUGAGCUUGAUUAUAUACCUGAUAUUUCUAUUAACACUGACAGCGUUCGUAAAUGAUAUCGACAAGCUAUACGUGCGCUUCCAGGAUUCAGACACUAUAUCCUCAACUUCAAACAAAACAGGUUAUAAUACGAGUUCAUAUAAUGAGACAACAUCAUCAACCACUCAUAAUCAUGUCACAUGUGAAACAUACGGAAACUAUCCAAUGAUUACUGUUUUGCAAAUAGUUGUCAUAUUCCUGGCAAUAAUCUUGAUAUUAAAAGAGGUAUUUAAACAAUUAAGUUACUCAUACUCGUAAGCUAACCUUUUAACCACAUUUGGUAACCUAUGUUGCGCCGCAUACAUGUACGAUUUAUAUAGCUAAUGUGUUACCUGUGUUCGUUGAAUACAGCUUACAAUUUGUUUAAUACUCUAAGAGGAUGCAUAUUAGAGUACACAGUUCCGUUUUAUGAGAUAACCAAGUUUGUUUAUUAACCUAGAUGGUUAUUCUCACCAUUUUAGUCCAGAUAGGACAACAACAAAGCUACGACUAUGACUUUGAAGAGUACGUCUGUGUUGACGAAUAUGACAACGACUACAACAACCACGACUACAACUAUAGGCAUUACUUCGACUACAAUUUUAACGACGAAAUGUUGUACUUCUACGACCACGAUUUCUAAGACUUUUGUCACUACGACCAAGAUUACUACGAAAAUUAAAUAGGGUUACGUAUUACAGGAUGGCAUACAUUGUAAAGUCUAUUUCUACGACUUAAAGUAUAGCUUCAACGACGACUACCACUAUAGGACUUCUAGGAAUACAAAUAUGAUCACGACGGCCCCUAUUCCUGUAACAACUUUAUUUACGCUGACUGCAAUUUUGACGACUGACAACUGCAAAACAAAGACAAUGACCACGAAAACGAAA